ACAAAAAUGCAUUUCUGCCAUGACUGAUCGUACAGCCAAAACCCCCCUUGCUGCAAGAAGCACGAAGAAUCAUGUCAAGUGACAUCAUGUUCUCCGCCGUAUGACGCCGAGGACAAUGAGCACACGAUCGAACCACAUUGCCCUGUAGAAUAAAUCUGUGUGGGAUCUCAAGGGAAGUACUUCCGGCUCGAAAGCAUCCUUUCAUUUUGUCUCUUUUCAAGUCUGUUCAUAUCAUUUGAUCGAAAACAACCAGAUCAAUUCUCACCAAUACAACAAACCUCACAAUGGCUCAGUCCGGACCCAACAGCGGUGGUGACCUCUUUGACAUGGCAAAGGACGGUACCAAGGUGCCCGAAGAUGCUGCGGCACCCAGAUACAUCCCUUCAGUCCCUCGGCCAGACCAAAUAGCUUCGGAGACAGACCCCAACAACCUGGGAGCCAGAAGUCUUGCGGAUGCAGCUGGUGAAGGAGACAUUCCCAGAACCACGACCGACACUGCAAGCAACGAUAUAAUUACGGGCACAGGAGACUCACUGCCCGGCACCGUCGACUCCAAACGGCUACACGCCGUUCCUGGUGGUGUCACCCAAGAUCCGUUCGCGAAGGGCUCGACGAGAAUGACAGCGCACAAGAAACAAGACACAGACUUUGAAAAGGGCGCGUCUGAUGGACCUCAAGUUGAGCGAGCUCCUGGUCAGGAAGAUUUGACUGAUGAGCAAGCUAUGGACAACCUUGAGCGGAAGGAAUAAUGUGCACUCAGGAGGAGAGUGACAUGGUGGCCGAGCCUGUAUUAUAGUAAGAUGAUCGUGUGGGAGGGGUCAAAACGGAGUCCACAGAUGUAAACAAACCCUGUACAAACAUCUGUCGCCAUACCUGUUGAUCCUCGUUUUCCUCAACUGACAUGGAGUUUGGUUCCUGGUGGCCAAACCUGAUAUAAUCCCAACGAGACAGACUUCCGGACUCGUUCCAUUGACCCAAUUCUGCAUCAUCAUCAUGCUCAACUGCCUUCCGU